AUGAGGGCACGGAGAGGUGGUGGCGUUGGUGGUGGGGUUGGGGUUGAUCGGGGUGAAGGGGAGUGGGAGGAGGAUGGUGGUGGGGAGGUGUGGGAGGAGGAGAAUUGGGCGUCGGUGGUGGAUAAUGGGGCGGAUGAGAGGUUGUUGAUGAGAGAGGAUGAUGAUUUGGGGGAGAAAAAUAAGGGAAAGAGAGAAAAGAGAAAGGGUUAUUUUAGUGAUGAGAGUGAUGAAGAGGAGUGAUUGUGAAGUGGGGUUGAGUUUUGGACGCUUGGUUUGAUGUGGAUUAUUGAAGGUAUGGACUUUUGCCUCUUUUCCUUUAGGUGAGAUAAUAUUUGGUCAUUUGGUUUUUAUUUUCUAUUUGAGCUUCUGAUGUCAAUCUUCUUGGUUAAUUGUAUUUUGUUUUUGUUGAUAAGUUCACAAAAUGUUGGUGUUGUUUAACUGGAUUGGGACGUAUGGGAUUAUAUUUCAUGAUGUUGAUGAUAAUUUAUACGAUAUCGGUAAAAUAAAAAAUACUUUACUGAAGGCAUAUGAGGUAGGAUUGGAAGUAGUACAUGCUGAUUGUUUGUUGAUGCCUUGAUGGAUAUUUUUAGCUGGCUAAAGUUGGUGGAGAUUAAUUUUGCGAUUGUAGGUUUAUUUUAUAUGGCUUGUUCUGAUUUUAAUAGGUGCGACGAGAAAAGAUUGCAUGACUAAUUCUGUACUAAGAUGACUUGAUUAAGUGUUUGUCUGCAUUUUGUGAUUCAUGUAGUUGAGUGAAUUGAGUCAGUAGAUGUGCACAAGUCCUACAACUAUGUUGGUGGAUUCGGUUAGCAGUUAGUUUUUCGGGAAGCAUAUUGAUUUAGAGGCAUGGUCAACACAUGCAAUUGGAAGUGUUGGAUGAGUUAACGUUUGAAAUUAAAUACAAGUUUUGACCAAGAGAUGGACCAGAGGUGUGAGCUAGCUUGAGAGUACAGAUCAAGUUGUAGAGCUAGAAGUUUCGAAAACCCUAUUAGGCAGUAGUGGCAAGCACAGCAGAAAAAGAGCUUUCCUAGAUUUCAGGCGGGGAAUCCUCAUUGUGUACUACCUAGCCGACUCUCCGAACAUCUCUAGAGAGUGACUAUUAAAGGAUUUAUAUGCAGAUAACUAGAAAAUGCAUGUAUGGGACUGUCAAUAUUAAAAUAACUUCAUUGGUGGAUGAAACCCAUCAUCUAUAAUAAACUAAUAGUAGUUGGCAAAAUGGUCUACAUUGCCAGGAAAAAAACAGUUGAUUUCUUCAGAACCAAUAGGACCUAGUUUGUUUGGGAAUUGCAGAAAAAAUUGUUUAUUUACGAAAUCUAGGGAGCAAAUCAUUGAUUAGUAUCACUGAUGAACUCAAGGGACUCACUGACAUGAUUAAAAGAACAUCCUGUGCGGAGAUGCUUAUCUACCUUUAUUUAUUUGGGCCAAGUUAAUGUGCUUUGUUCGUGGGCACGGAUGUUAUACAAAAUACCGCGACCCCAUCACAGCAAACUGGAACUUACAGAGGUCUCGAAAUGGGUAACAACUAACAAGGAAGUGCAUAAUUACGGGUUAAUAAGGGCAUGCAAAGUUAUUGAUUUAUUGAUUAGUGGGAAUUGAGCAGUGGUUAAAAGGGACAAGGAAAGAGGUGUGAUGGUGUUGAUUUGAGUACAUGUACCAUGAUAAUUGGAAUCAGACAGAUCAAGCAGAAGAGUGUGAUGUCCUUGGGAACAUCUUGAGUCGGUGGUGACUGUUUGGGCAACAUGGAUCAGUGAUCUCUACUUCUCGUGCCUUAACUCCUCCUCAGGACCUAGCUGAAAAAGUGUUUGAUUAGUGUAAAUAGAUACUUGGACUGGAAGAAUUAUUACUUGUUUUGUUUUAGAACCACAAAGAAACCAGUAUAUUAUUGAGGGUUUGGAAGAAAAUCGUGGAUGAGAAUCACAGAUGGACUCAAAUCAUUCUUUUUCAUGCUUAAAAGAAUUUCAAGGGGAAAAGAGAGAA